UCCUCUCAGCCACUUGACUAUUUGAGGACACAGCAUGGAUGAGAAUGGACUGGUUUAUUUUUAGGUGAAUACAAACGAAGAAAAUCUUGAUAAAGCAUUCCAAGGCAAAAAUUACAUCCUAAGGCGAAGGGAUUUUUGGCAGAUUUACCCAAUUUAGGGAAGCAUCAUCUUUUUUUGAAGGAUAAAAUCCUGUAACAGCAUGAAGACACCAUCAGCGGACAUGGUGGAGAAAGCAUAGACAUUAAUAAGGAUUUGCUGUUUUGUUUAUCUUCGACUACACUGACACCACGUUGAUCAUCAUAAUGGGCUGCUCACCAUCCAAAGGGCAUUUUGCUGGAAUCUAUAACCAUCAAAACAAUGCUCUGCAGUUUGGAUCAAAUGAAAACAACGUUAAUCAUUUCUCUGGUGGGACAGAAAUUAAGAGCCAAGCCGAGACACCGAUAGUUUCCAGUGGAUUAACUUUAUUACAAGAAGAAAAUGCUGCUGUACAACUCCAAGGUAAAAAGCCCACAGAGUCUGCUAUAAUUAUGGGAAGUGCUGAUAUAGGAGCGACAAAGUUGCAUUCCCAAGAGGAAUUAUUGAUGAAAGAAAAUUCAAACAGAAAGCAUUACAAAACAGAGAAAAAUGAUGGAUGCAAAAGAAGACAGAGAGAGAGAGUGGGAAAAACUGUCUACAUACAGUCAAAUUUAGAUUUUCCACAAUCCAUGCUAAAAGCUCACCAGGCAGCCUAUGCAUAUCUUAAAAAUAAUAUCCCUAAAUAUGAGUCUCUCUUAGGGAUCUUGGAAAAAGCAACACAGACACAACUUUCUUUACAGCCUAUGGUCACCUUAUUAGCAUUACAAUAUGAGGAAAUAAACCAGGCCAUAGAUGAAGUUGCCUCGGAAGGAGAGCAGAUGCUUAAAAUGCAUGGAUACCCCAUGUCCUUGCCAGCAGUACAAAAUUAUGUUUUGGUAAGCCAAGACAUGCCAGAGGCUGAGAUUAACUCAACUGAAAGUUCUUCAGAUCUCCUGCAGCAAAUGCUUCAUCAAUUGAUUAAAAAAAUGAGAUUAGUGGGAGAUUGUGUAAAAGAGCUGGGGGAGACAUCCUUAGAAGAAACAGUCGACUACUAUGGCUCACUUUACCAAUUGCUGUCCAGAAAGCUGGAGGCAAAGAGAGCAGCAGAGUCACAUUUAAAACAGGUAUUGGCUUGUGUGGAAUCAUAUGCUUCUAGAACACUAAAUUCAGAAGACUCUGCAUUGCACAGUGAGGACAGUGGCAUUGGUGUAGAGAAUGAGUGCCUCAAUGGCUCAGUAAGACAUUGCAGCAAACUUGAGAACUCUGGAACUGGCAUUCAGUCAUUAUAUGGCUGUCCUGAGGACAGUUUACCAGAUCAUCCCUAUGUUAAAGGGAACAAAUAUGAUGACGUUGACAACAAUAUUGUCAAAGAAGACAGCAAUGAGGAUGAAAAAACAAAACAUGAACAAGGGAACAAAACCGAUGUGACAGACAGAAAAAUCUCGACUACGUCUAAGGCAGACUCAAGUCAGCCACACCAAGUAAAGCACCAGAACAAGAGGUCAACCAAUAAUACAUAUGAUUGGAAUUAUAAGAAAGAGAGACACAUCACUAAAUCAAAAACUGCAGAAGAUCUGGCUGAAUUUUGUCAAGCAAAAAAGCACAGACAUUCUCUUUUAUGGGGUGCACAGCGGUCACUAUCAGCUGAUUGUUUAUAUAGAAGAGUAAAUGACUAUAUGGUACAGGGACAGAAUAAAAUCCCAAAUGAUAACACGAAACCUGAAUGGAUUAACAAAAAGCACAGUCCAUCACAGUUCUGUGGUCUUCAAGAUGGAAACAAUGGGCCAUUUAAGAAAGUUGUAACAUCUUGGACUAUUCCCUUUUCACCGUUACCCCCUGGUAAAAAUGCUGUGAAAAGACUCAUUAAUACAUUUAGCCAGGGGGUUUGUGACACUUCCAACCAAAAACCCCUUAAUGAGCCUACAAGAGGCAACUUUUUACCUGUAAUAAACAAUUACAGGGCAGGUGUUACCACCAGUGAUAACAAAAAUACUAACAGCUAUAAAGUUGUCCAGCGAUUUCAAGUGAGAUCUAAUAAUAUGGACAGCCUUCCACCUCCUCCUCCAGAAGUAAUGAUGGACAACUCUUUUAAAAGAGAUGAAAGUACUACCAGGGAUGAAGAUGACCGUGCAUCCCAAACUCAGAAGUGUUCCACACAAAGACAGAAAUGUUGUAUUUCACAGUGUCCACGAGCAUCAAGACAGACAGUAUCUUUACCCCCCAGCCAGGCUAGUAUUUCAAGGGGCUACCUGAAUAUGAAUGAAAGCCACACAGAGCAAGACCAUGGCCUGUCAAUUUUAGAUAAAGAUGAAGAAAAAGAUGAAUCAAUUGGCCCUUUCCAGCACUCUCAAGCAACCGGUCAAUUAUAUCAUUCCACUGAUAUAUUACCUAAGUUAAGCUUAUGUGAUGAGGGUAGUACCAAGUCUUUUUCUGAGAGGGUGGAAGGCAGAGUGAGCUUGGGAAGCAGGGACUUAGGUGAAGGGGAAGCAUCAACUCUUUAUGCUAACUGCCACUGUCCAACUAUUCCUCCAGUCACCAGAGCUCGAGUCCCACCCUCAAAUUAUUCUACAUGCCUCAAAGUUUCAAAUGCUACUGCUUUACCUCCAUCCCCUGCCUGUCCUGUCAACAGUCAGGAGGAAAUAUUUACAGCCUCAUUUGCUUCCCACAUACCGAGGUGGACUAGAAGAGACAGUGAUAAUGAAAAUGGCUUCAUGACUGCCUCUAGUUCUAAGUCAUUUUAUAAUGCUCGCUCUGUGUUUAGUCAAGAGAACCAAUCAGCCCUCAAUCUGUCAAGACUUCCUGUAGGUCCACAUUACCAAGGCCAUGGGGAGAGCCAAAGGUUUCCAGAGGGAGACUGCAGGCUCCUUACCUGCCCCAGAUAUCCCAAAGAAGCAUUCCUAAUAGGACCACUCUAGCUGACCACCAACUCUUGGUACCUAAUGUCACAGAGCCCGACAGCCUGGACAAUGGAGGUACCACUUUAAAUAAUAAGAGGAAUGAAUAUGUAGCUAAGACAGCCCAGUGCUUAGAGCAGAAAAUUCCAGUAAUCUGCUCAGUGUCUGGUUCACAGGAGGCCGAGGCCAAGAUUAUGGAUUAAAGGGAUUAAAAUCUUUUCUUUUCAGGAGACUGAGCUAAAAUGUGGCUACACUAAUUCAGAGGCUAAUGUAGCUAAGAAGGGCCUAAAAAAGUACAUAGAAAAAGAAUAAACCUAAAACAGUCAACUUAAAAAAAAAAAAAAGAUAAUUUUAAAUAAGAUCAGUCAGCUUUAGAUAGUUUACAGGUGAAACACUGUUCAGAACUAAUUAUGUUUUUGUUAACAAUUUAUGCUA